UCUGUGCUGACAACACUCACGCAAACGGUCAACGUUCCUACAACUCGUUGGACUCUCUGUAAGAAGUGUGGCAAGCACCAACCCCACGAAGUGACACAGUACAAGAGGGGCAAGGAUUCUCUGUAUGCCCAGGGAAAGCGGCGUUAUGACAGGAAGCAGAGUGGCUAUGGUGGGCAGACUAAGCUGAUUUUCCGGAAAAAGGCUGAAACCACAAAGACUGUGCUAAGGCUUGAGUGCGUUGAGCCCAAUUGCAGAUCUAAGAGAAUGCUGGCUAUUAAAAGAUGCAAGCGUUUUGAACUGGGAGAAGAUAAGAAGAGAAAGGGCCAAGUGAUCCAGUUCUAA